AGCCUUCAGUCCUACAACCUCUCUGCCUGCCAACUCUUCCUGCUGCUCAAGUGCUCCUAGAAGUCCAGCAAAGCUCAGAAAAAUCAAGCACUGUCUACAGCUACCUUGGCUGUGCAAAUAUUAAGCCCUGACAGAGCCCUCUGGAGGCCAGUCCUGGCAGUCUCCCAGGAUUCGAAGCCAUUAGACUCCACAUGGAAUCAAGUGCCUCAUGUCCAGCGGCUGCUGCACCCUUGGAGAGACCGUUUCGUGUUCUCGUGGGCGUCACUGGGAGUGUUGCAGCCCUGAAGUUGCCUCUUCUGGUGUCUAGGCUUUUGGACAUUCCUGGCCUGGAAGUAGCAGUGGUCACAACCGAGAGAGCCAAACAUUUCUACAGCCCCCAGGACAUUCCUGUCACUCUCUACAGCGAUGCUGAUGAAUGGGAGAUGUGGAAGUGCCGAUCUGACCCAGUUCUCCACAUUGACCUGCGGAGGUGGGCAGACCUCAUGCUGGUGGCUCCUCUUGAUGCCAACACCCUGGGGAAGGUGGCCAGUGGCAUAUGUGACAACUUGCUUACCUGUGUCAUCCGGGCCUGGGACUGCCGGAAGCCCCUGCUCUUCUGCCCGGCGAUGAACACAGCCAUGUGGGAGCACCCCAUCACCGCACAGCAGGUGGGCCUGCUCAGGGCCUUUGGCUACAUGGAGAUCCCUUGUGUGGCCAAGAAGUUGGUGUGUGGAGACGAAGGUCUAGGGGCCAUGGCUGAGGUGGGCACCAUUGUGGACAAAGUGAAAGAAGUCCUCUUCUGGCAUGGCAGCUCUCAGCGGAGCUGAACGUGGCAUUUCUGUCAUGUGUCUCCCUCUGCACUCCGCGUGUUUUCAGGCCGUCUAUGAAGAAGGUGGACCUUGGCAAAAUAUGGUGAAGACUUCUGGGUUUGCUGAGUAGGGGUGUAGCCUGGGCCUGCUCCAGAGCCUCCCCAGGGGCCUGGCCUGCCUCAGGUUCAGUUAGGCCGGAGUUCCAGGUCCCAGCUUCUUUCCAACUAAGAGAUAGCUGCUCUUUGGGCCCCUCCCCACCUUCUCCUGGGAUGGGUACAGCAGGCCUGCAGCCGUGUGGCACUGUGCUCAGGGAGGGGGAUGAGGACUAACUUUGAACCCCUGAUUCUGCCUCGUGGGCAGGAGCCACUUCCAUUCCUUGGUGGGGUGCAUGGCUGCCAUGCAGUUGGGGAAGCCUGUAAGCUGGCAAGAUGCUGAGAUUCUCCACAGACCGUGCUGUGUGAUCAGGGAUCCUGGGGAAUAAAGAAGAGUUACUUUUA